AUGUCCAUGACCGUGGCGGACAGCAAUCAAGCCCGGGAGGGCUUUCCUCGCCCAUUCCCGGACACCCCCAACAACGUGCUCCAGCAGUUUCAGAUGGUGGGGAAGGUGGUGGUGGUGACAGGCGCGGCCGAUGGAAUCGGCUAUGCGGUUGCGGAAGCCAUGGCUGAGGCGAAGGGCAAUGUCGCCUUGUGGUAUAACUCAAACGAUGCUGCUGUUGAAAAAGCCGCGGUCCUUGCGCAGGAGCUCGGAGUAAAGGCGGUGGCAUACAAAGUUGACGUGUCCGAUCCGGAGAGAAUCCAAGCCGCGUUGACGGAUGUGAUUCGUGAUUUCGGGAAGAUUGACGUCUUUGUUGCCAAUGCAGGAAUGGCAAUCUCGAAGCCCCUCCUCGAGCAGACGUUGGACGAGUAUAGAAAGCAGAUGUCGGUAAACGUGGACGGCGUGGUUUACUGUUCCAAAUUCGUCGGGGAUAUUUUCAAGCACCAGGGCUUCGGAAACUUGAUCAUCACCUCCAGCAUGAGCGCACACAUUGUCAACGUGCCGGUCGACCAGCCUGUUUACAAUGCGACGAAAGCGUUUGUGACGCACUUUGGCAAGUCGCUUGCGCGCGAGUGGCGGGAGUUCGCGAGAGUGAACAUCGUCUCGCCUGGGUUCUUCGACACGAAGAUGGGUGCGGGGGCGGACACGCUGCAGGAGGCGUACCGGAUGGCGGUGCUGGGUCGCCAGGGGAAUGUCAAGGAGAUCAAGGGGCUGUAUCUCUAUCUUGCGAGUGACGCGUCGACGUAUAUGACGGGAAGUGAUUUAUUGAUUGACGGGGGGUAUGUUCUUCCUUAGACCUACAGGGAUUGGAGGGGAUACAUGCUGUAAGAUCUGACAAGAUACAAGGUGACCAUUCAUUGGCACUUGAUCCCUGCGGGGCUAGUGGAUGCUUGAAUUGUGUAACCAAUACUAGACAGCUUUAAUAGUUCUUGACUGAGAUCCGAUCUGAUAAGGCCGGAAGUUCG